AUGGCUCCAUGGUCCUGAUGCCGAAGGCACAAGAAACUCCCCUCAUCAGUGGCUCCCGUGGUUGUGACCCCACCCACAGUUGUGACUCCUGUGCCUCUGACCCUCUCAAAACCUGGCCCUAGCAUUGAUACACUUGGCUUCUUCUCCUUGGAGAAUAAUGUUCCUGGCCUAUCCCAGCUGAUCCUUCAAAAGCUGAACAUGAAAAGCUAUGAAGAAUACAAGUUGGUGCUAGAUGGGGAUACUCCUGUAUCAUGCUUUGGAUAUCGAUGCCUUCAAGAAAUGUUCCAGAAGAUGGAGGACACAUUCCGAUUCUGUGCUCACUGUAAAGUACUCCCUAGUGGCCUUUCAAACUACAAGGUCCUCCGUCAUUCUCUCAGGUGCAGAAAUGUCUAUUACUGUGGUCCAGAGUGCCAGAGGUCAGACUGGCCAGCACACAGGAAGGUUUGUCAAGAGCUGCAUCUUGUAGCUGUGGACCGGCUCAUGGAAUGGCUUCUGGUCACAGGUGAUUUUGUCCUUCCCUCAGGACCUUGGUCUUGGCUGACUGAAGUCGUACAGGGCUGGGACACCUGGUUUUCUAUGUGACGUUUACAGCUAGAGGCUGCUCUGGAUGCUGUGCUUGGUAGUCAGGCCAUGACCACCCUGUGGGCCAGUGUAGGAUGGCCAAGGCCAGAUCCAGAUGUCCUGCAGGGCUCUUUGAAGCGGUUGCUGAUAGAUGCCCUGUCACGGCCCUUGACAGUGGGCUUUGGGCUUCGGGCCUUGGGGAUAAAUGUUGGGAAGAUCUGGGGAAGCACAGUGCACGUGGUUGGUGCUUCUCAUGCAGAGACAUUCCUCACUCACCCUGGCGACUGUGAUGAUCUUGGCUACAUGUUUCCUGGGCACCUUGGCCUCCAUGUAAUCAUGGUGGGUGUAGAUGUAGCUGCUGGCUUUUCACAGAGUUCUUCACCUUCACUCCUGGAACCUGGCACAGUUCAGCUUAGUGGCCAUAGGGGCCUCUAUCAUGACUUCUGGGAGGAGCAGGCAGAGUCUGGGCAGAUAGCCCAUCCAGAUUUGGUGGUGGCAUUCCAUCCAGGGAAGAGUUUCCAUGCUUCCCCGGACAUGAUGGAGGCUUGGCUGCCCACCCUCUUGCUACUUCGUGAUUAUGAGAUCCCUAUGAUGAUUACUGUUUACAGCCAGCAGGAGUUGGCAGCCUCUUUGCAGAUUCUGGUGGACCUGGAUACACACAUCACAGCCUAUGGAGCUAAUCCUUUUGUGUCCCUCAAACCUGAACAGGUCUACUCCAACCCCAAGAAGCAGCCAGUAUACUGCAGUGCCUACUAUAUCAUGUUUCUUGGAAGCUUCUGCCAGCUGGAUAAGAGGCAAUUAGAAGAGAAAGUAAAUGGCAGGGUAUAAAUAGCUGAGCCAGAUCCUGACUGGAUGUCUAGAAAAUGCAGAGAUUGUGAUGAAAUUACCUGCUGAUGCCAGAUUAUUGCCAGCUUUCAAAUCCACUAACUAUAUCAUAAACUUAAUUCACUUGUCCCAGUAGAUUCUAAGCUGAAUGGGAGCUCCUGUAUGAUGUGACUCAUUUCUAAGAGGUUAGCCACAUGUAGCUUCUAGAGACAGGAUUCUAGAUUUAGUGUGUGGCAAAAGGCCCUUGUAUCAGCCUUUGUAGAGCCUUAAGUUCCUAAGAGUUUCCUUCAUGAGAAAGUUAUACGUUUUGACUUUAACCGGAUGGCACCAAGGAGAAGAAUGGCACCUUAUUCUUCUGAAAAAGACUUCUUCUUAUACAGCAAUUUGGGCUAAAAAAUGCAGAGGUCUUAAUGACUUGAAGUAGUGGAAAAAUGAGCAAGUCAGAGAAGUGGUUGGGAACAUGGGGGAGGUUGUGAGGAUUGGCACACUGUUCUACUUCCUGGCUUUUUCGAGAUACAUGUCUCAUUUUCCUAUUUUCUCUUGGGGACUUCUAAUUUUAGAGCAGCUUUUUGCCCUUAUCUUGUAUUUUAGGUAUCCCAGGGUGUAUCAGACUUUACUUGAAUAUACUGGAGUUUGUUAUCACCUGGUCUAUACCACAGUAAACUCAGUUUGGGGCUUCUUAAGUCACUUGUUUUAUCUUAUUUCCUAUUCACUGCCAAGAGUUACUUGUCUACACAGAACAUCUCAAGAUUGGAGGUUUCUCUCUUGCCAAAGGAGUGAUUAACAUCAGCUCUCUGUUUGGGUCUGCCAUUCUACCACACCCUGUCUAUUGUCAUCCUUCUCCUAACACUCUCAGGAUUAGGAUAUUCCCUAGAUAUUCAUUUCUACAACUUGCUGUGACC